UAACGGAUUAAAUUUUUUGCUAUUUUAUUCUUCUGGGAUAAAUACAAUACAGGAUCGCAACUAGUAUGGCAAACACUUGCUAUAGUUUACUCCAAGGACAUGAGCAAGAGUGGUGUGAUGCAUAUGAAUUGUGCCACGAGGAAUUAUACUAUAAGCAACCAAGCGGAUUUCGUGCAAAGAUUUUUAUGACUACAUUUAUUAUUCUUGCUGCCCUAAUGACAGGUUCUUUUCUCGCUUCCAUAUUUUAUUUGAAGGUUAAUCACAAGCAUGAUAAUAUAUAUUAUCUUGCUCUGUGUGCUAUUCCCAUCCAUGACAAUUAUACGGGAUCAAUUCCGUACAUGUUAAGUCAAACAGAUGAUUUCAACUCCACCUGGAAGACAGUUACAGCGUCACAAUAUAUUGAAACUUUAAUUGAUGCUUUAAUUGAUCCCUAUGAAUAUUACUUACGUGAAGAAAUCCAAUUUAAUAUAACUGCUAGUAUGGGAGUCCAAGCAGUUAUAAAUGUUUAUGAUAUCAGUGGUAAUCUAUCUACUCAAAUUUAUCACGACUUCAGAAAAAAUCACACCGUAAUUGUGGACUAUGAAAACCAACGAUGUUUCAUCGAGAGACUUAAGCGUAAUAUUACCAUGGAUGCGCAAGAAGUGUUGUUGUCUAUGCAGAGGAAGGAAAACAUUUUUCCUAUACCGCAGGGUAAAGUGUUGUUUUUACGUAAACGUAUCAUUCUACCAGCUGUUGUUGAUCUAUCCUUCGCUAAUAAGUAUAUGGUAAGGGAUUGUCAUGAUAAAUAUGUCUACAUACUAACUGAUUAUCGUCCCCAAGAUGAUGACCUGGCUGAUCGAUUGACUAGGAAAGAUGUUGUCUUUCACACAUUUUUUGAUCGAGGUAUUACUAAAUAUAGCCUCGUCAACUUUAAUGACAUUUUAAUGUUUGAAAAAGAAGAAGUUAAGAUUUAA